ACACGACGACGACGACGGCGUUAUUAAUUAGACAACAAGCUCGACGACGACGACAGUGAUGGGGUCACCUAAACUUCCAGUUCUUCUACUUCCUCAUCCAUUAAUACUACUACCAACUGCUCGACUUACGCUUCCCAUCAGUCGUUCGCUCGCCGACGCUAUUAUCUCACACUUGGAUGAUUCUGAUGCAGUUCUCGCUGCAUUACCACUUCCUGCUCCUGACUCACCUUCCGAAGUUACAUACGGAACUGCUGCAAGAGUAGUGCGUCUUGUAAGACCAAGAAACCUUACUCAGCAAUAUCUACUUUCCCUCCACGGCGUCGCGCGCGUUCGUCUCCCUUCUCCAAUUCAAAUAGACCAAUUAGAGUGUCUUCCUAUUCACAAUGUCGUCUAUCCUUCUUCUGAAGGCACGCCUUCAAGAGACACAGUCGAAUCAUUCAAAGACGCUGCUCUCAUCCUCCUCGAUCGUCUUGCAAAGGACUCUCUCCAGCAACAACGAAAGGACGACUGGCUAAGAGUAGCUGCAAUAGUAGAGGAUAUUUCAGAACAACGUGCGGCUUGGAUGGCAGACGUCCUCGUAGCCGCUGUAUCACCCCAAUACCCAGACAAACUCGCAUUCCUGGCUGCUGCGGACGUAGAGGACCGUCUCCGUCGCGCUACAGAACUCUUCGUCAAACAGUCUUCUAUUCAAGAAGUCUCAAAGAAGAUCGCAUCAGCUGUAGACGAGUCCCUUUCCCGCCAACAAAAGGAAUACUUUCUCCGUCAACAAUUAGCAGCAAUUCAACGCGAGCUACAUAGUUUACACAGCUCUCCUGCUACUGCCGGUCCCGGCUUCGGUACGGGUGGUGCUAUAAGCGAGUUGGACGACGACGACCAGGCAGAUGCAGAUGACCUCGCUGAUUUACGCCGCAAGAUUGAAGCCCUAGACGUUGGUUCAGAGGAACGCAAAGUCGGCGUCCGCGAGUGGCGCAGGUUGAAGAGGAUUCCUCAGGGAAGCGUCGAGAAUGGUGUCAUUCGCUCAUACCUGGAAUGGCUUACGUCCGUGCCAUGGCCAUCAAACACCACUACUACCCCUCUUGAUGUUUUCAAGGACCACAGUUUCCUCACCAGAGCACGCGCACAGCUGGACGCAGACCAUUACGGCCUCGACCAGAUAAAACGCAGACUCAUGGAAUAUCUUGCAGUCGUGCGUUUGCGCGCCAUCGCAGAUGCAGCUCAGACUCAGGGGAAUAAUCCCGCAACGGAUGCUUCCCCUGUCGCUGUAUCCACCCCACCAACGAAGAACAAGGGCGUAAAGGGACCAAUACUCUUGUUUGUCGGUCCCCCCGGAACAGGAAAAACAUCUCUUGGACAAUCAAUUGCAAAGGCUCUGAGAAGACCAUUCCAGCGGAUAUCACUAGGCGGCGUUCGGGACGAAGCAGAGAUCCGUGGACACCGGAGAACAUACGUGGCAUCCGGACCAGGCUCUAUCGUCCAAGCUCUCCGCAAAGCUGGCAGAAAUGAUCCCGUAAUCUUAUUGGACGAAGUGGAUAAAGUGGGACACAGUAAUUUCCACGGCGAUCCUGCUGCCGCCCUUCUUGAGGUUCUCGAUCCUGAACAAAACCAUUCCUUCAACGAUCAUUAUAUCAAUGUACCUAUAGACCUCAGUCAGGUGCUUUUCAUAUGCACGUCCAACACUCUAGAUACGAUAUCUGCGCCUUUGCUCGACCGAUGUGAGGUGGUUGAACUAUCAGGAUACACCUACGACGAGAAAAUGCAUAUCGCCAAACGCUUCCUCCUCCCAAAGCAAAUCCGCGCCAACGGGCUAUCAGAUUCCCAAUUAACAUUGACCGACGACGCGUUGUUGCAUGUUGCCACGAUGUAUACGCGCGAAGCGGGCGUUAGGAGUCUGGAGCGUGCGAUUGGUGCUGUUGUCAGGUUUAAGGCUGUGGAAUGGGCUGAGUGGCUUGACGCGGGGAGUGGUAGUGCGGCGGGAGGGGAGGGGAACGCGAAGCAGAUCGGGGAUGUGGACGAGAACGAGAAAGGGGACAGGAACAAUAACAAUAACGAGAACGAGAAAGAAUGGCGGGCAACCGUAGAACCCCACGAACUCGAAAAGAUCCUUGGUAUACCCCGCUGGGACACCGAAGAGCGCGACCGUGAAGAAAAACGGGGCGUCGUAUACGGGCUCGUAGUCACCGGUAUGGGCGAGGGGGGUAUCCUACCCGUCGAAAGCACCGCUGUUCCAGGGGUGGGGAGGUUGAAGCUUACGGGGAGCUUGGGAGACGUGAUUAAGGAAAGUGGGGAAAUUGCGUUGAGCUGGGUAAAGACGCAUGCUUUUGAGUUGGGGAUCACGGCUGGGAGGGGGGUUGAUCCCCUGAAGGUUCCGGAUGUGAUUGAUGUGCAUUUGCAUUUGCCUGCUGGGGCGCAGAAGAAGGAUGGGCCGAGUGCGGGGAUUGCUAUGAUAUGUGCGUUUGUGUCUCUUUUGAGCGGGGCGUGUGUUCCGAAGGAUAUUGCUAUGACGGGAGAGAUCACGCUUCGUGGGCGGGUGACACCCGUAGGCGGAAUUCGAAUGAAAGUGCUCGGUGCGCACCGCGCACAGAUCCGCAAGGUGAUCCUACCGUGGGCGAACCGCAAAGAUGUGGAACAUGACGUGGCUCUGGAGGUCCGUCGGGAGAUGCAAUUUUUCUUUGUGAGGACUAUCGAUGAGGCUCUUGAAGCUGCGUUUGGGCGUGGUGCGUUAGGAUGGAGGAGGGAGAGUACCGUGUUGUUGGAGAGUCGACUUUGAGUCAUAUCCUGUUUGUAUCGCUUUAGAUUCGUUGUGUCUUCGUCUUUGGUUGCUUUCUUUCGAUUUCGAUCUUAUCGCUAUGUAUGUAUUCCUUGUACUCAUCUUGUAUUACACAAA